AUGCAUGAUGCUAAAGUACAUGAUACACCUAUUGCCACCACCACUAAACUUGACAAGAAUGUAAGUGGUUCCCCAGCCGGUGACACAAAAUACAGAGCCAUAAGUGGAUCCCUAGUAUACCUCACAACUAGUAGACUAGACAUAAUGUUCAGUGUUGGACUAUGUGCGCGUUUUCAAUCAUGGCCAAAGGAAUCAUACAUGAAGACUGUCAAACAAAUUCUUCCUUAUCUCAAAGGAACUCUGAACCUGGUCCUCUGGUACCCUAUAAGUGAGUCUUUUGAUCUAAUUGGUUUUGUUGAUACAGAUUAUGCUGAAUAUCUCAUGGAUAGGAAAAACACUCUAGGGAUGUCUCACUUUCUUGGAUCAUACUUAGUCUUUUGGAAGACACGCAAGCAAAAUUCGAUUGCUUUGUCCACCGCUGAAGUCGAAUAUAUGGCUACGGCUUCAUGA